UGCAGACAGACUAGUUGCAGCAACCUGAAAUAAGAUGGAAAGACAUUUCCUAUCCUACAACAAUCUGUGGUAAAAUCAUGUGGUCCAAGGUCCCAGAUGGGGAAACUGUUGGAAUCGCUAUCUGGAAUUACAAAGGAGAGGAGCCGCAUUCCAUCGCCCUGGAUAUCGGCGACUGCGUCCAUAUCACUCAUAAGGCCGAAGGGUGGUAUCGGGGACAUGCAGCGAAGAACAAGUCCUCUCUGGGUGUCUACCCAGCUUCCCACAUCAGGCUGAAGUCGUCUCAUGGCGGCUCUCACGCGCCUCCGAGAAAUUCAAUUAUGGCAGAAGACUUCACAGUAAAGGAGGUUGCCUCCGUCCUCCGGGAGUGGAGUGCAAUCUGGAAGAGACUUUAUUUGCAACGGGAAACGCAAAAGUUCGAGACAUUCCGGAAUGUGAUGAACGAGCUGUUUUCCCUGCGACGGCAGCUGAUCGGAGGUACUUUGACCCAGGACCAGAUCAAGGAGCUCAAGCUCACCAUUACCACCAAGAUCGACUGGGGAAACAAGUUAGUCGACGGCGUUUCUGUUCGGUGUGACAGGUUCAUCGAGUUAGUCGGAAUUUCUCACGCCUGUUUUGUAAACAGGGAGUUGGGAUUGGACAUGGUCCCGCGAGAAGAAGCCGAGGGCAUCGACCCCGAGCAGAUGAGUGUCAUCGAUCUUUAUAACGUUUUGCGUCAUGCAUCUCCACGAAGACGCCGUACAAAGAAGCCCUCCUCGUACCAUUUGUAUUUUGAAUUGAGAGACUUCAGCUAUGCGGUGGCAGAAGACCAAGAGCUUUACUUCUCCCUCUAUGACGCCAAGGAGGCAGUCUUCAUUAGUGAGCGAUUUCUAGUCAAAAUCCCGAAGACCAAUGAGAAUUCCUACUUCAUUGAGAAGAUAAGUGAGAAGUGGAGAACCAUCUUUAUUGACCUGGGAAUGAGUGACCUGACCAGGGAGCUGUACAUGAUUGUGCAUGUCAUUCGCGUCGGGCGACUUCUCCCCUCCGAGUCUUCCAAAAAGCCUACUUCGCAUUUUUAUAGGCGGCCAGUGGGCUGUGCAGCCUUCUCCAUUGCUGAGAUCCGCAACCCUGCCUCGCGGGAUUCAGAGACAGCUCCAGAGGAGCUUGAAUUCACACCUCGACUCUUUCAAUGCGAGGAGAAGGAUUUCCAUCAGCUUCAUGAGAUGAUUAUCAAAGGACAUCACAACAAAUACACUCCCUUGACCAGUCAACCCCAGUUUGCAAGUCUCGUUGUUGCCUUGGAGCUCUUGCAAGGGGACCUAAGUCAAUUGAAGGCUGAGAAACCGCUUUUCAAGAAUGUCCCAUCUACAAGGAAAAUGGGCUUCCCUGAUGUGAUUAUGCCUGGCGAUGUGCGCAAUGAUCUCUACCUCACCCUGGAAAGAGCAGAUUUUGAGAAAGGAGGGAAGUCUAUCAGCAAGAAUAUUGAAGUCAAGAUUCAGGUUCUGAACAAUCAAACUGGUGAUCCUUUGAAGGGAUGUUUUCAUGCAGGAGCAAGCCUAGAACCUCAGGAUGCAUACCACUCCCUCGUUUUCUACCAUUUUAAUGCUCCUCAGUGGAAUGAGACCAUUAGACUGGAUGUACCCAUUGAGAAGUUCACUUCGUCUCACCUUCGCCUUGAGUAUUACCAUUGCUCAACAAGAGACAAAAAUGAAAAGAAGUUGAUCGGGUUCUCGUACCUGCGUCUGGUGGACGAGGAGGGUCGGACGAUACAGGAUAAGAGUCACAGCUUGAGUGUGUUCCGAUGCGAUGACAUCCUUCGCAUUGCCAAUGUGGCAGCAUACCUCUCACAAUCAUCUGAGGAGGAGAAAGUUGGGCGUGAAGCCGAGGAUAAGCGCAAGGCCAAUGGACUCCUCAUUCGCAGCGGAAAGGAACGUGUUCAUAUCAAGACACUCCUCUGCUCCACCAAACUUACUCAGAAUGUUGAUCUACUGGCCCUGCUGAAGUGGAAGAAUAAUCAAGAAAACUUGUCCCAAGUCCUGGAACAAGUGAAGCGCCUAGAUGGUGAAGAGUUGGUCAAAUUUCUCCAAGACAUCCUGGAUGCUCUCUUCUCCAUGUUUGCGACUGAAGAUGGGCGAAGUACUGAGAAUUCAGGAAGAGUUUUUGAGAACCUUGUCCAUAUCUUCAAUAUGCUAGAGAGGGCAAAGUAUGAGCACUUCAAACCUGUCUUGGAUGCAUAUAUCAGGGAUCAUUUUGCAGCAGUCCUCGUCUGGAAGGGCUUGAUUGCAUGCUUGCAGUGUGCAGCCAAGAUGGUCCUCACCAGUGAUAAACAAGAUGAGCCCAAGCGUGCCUUCAUCACUCUGGACUACAUCUUCAAGUUCAUUGUCCAGUCUUGCAUUCUCUAUAAGAAGCAUGGAGGCCAAGGAAAUGAUAACUUCACUGCAGAGAUUGUCCAGCUUUUUCAGGCCUUUCAGAGCAUCUUUUCAACCACAUAUAGUGAAGUAUUGAAAACACAGGUAACCUUCCUGACCCGAAUGAGCUGCAUCUUUGAGCAGCUCAUGGCCCUGUUGCCAUCUGACCAGAUAGCAAAAUGGGCAUGUGCUAUGUUUGAAAGUCUUCCUUUUGAACCACCUGAUGCAUUGGUGGAUGCCAAACUAACAGCCAUCCAUGAAACACUUAACUCUAAGCUCUUUGAGGAUCAGGAUGCCAGGAGCAUUCUGAUCGACACAGUAUCCAAACACAUCCGAGAUCACUUGAGUAAUCGAGAGCAACUUGAAAAGGCACUGGCAGUCUUGUCAUUGAUUCUGUCUUCCCUUCAUCGUGUCAAGAGUGCCCCUGUAUCACAAGAGAGCAAUCGCCUGCAUUCUGACAUCUCCAGGCUCUCCAUCCGACUUCUCGAUGUUCUCUUCUGGUGCCUGGCAGAGCGGGAGCGUACUUCUCCUCUUUCUGGGAGCCUGUUGUCCUGUUUGUUGGGCUUGCUUGGUCUCAUGGAUCAAAGUCACCAUGAUGAACUGUGGGAGCACCUUGACAAGCCCAAAUCCCGGAAAGACUUCCUUCGCCGCAGUCUUGACGUCUUCCUAAGUCUUGUUCAAUUGGAGAUCUACCCUGCCGAUUGGCUUGUCAUGCGAAUGGUCACUCUUCGAGUAAUUCUGGAGUGCCUUGACCGCUUUGUUGAUCCCAUGGUGAAGACAUUCCUUGAUCCAAUGCAUUUUGACAGCUCACUUAGUUUCUCUGGUGAAGACUUCAAGAAUCUUUUCCAGUUGUGGAUGGGCUACCUUCAGUUGGGAGUAGCAUAUGUGACACAGCCAGCACUGCAGCUUGAGAAAUUUUCAGAGAUGAAAAGGGAGAAGAUCCUCCACACAUACGGUGACAUGAGGAUUCCCAUGGGCCAUCAGCUCCUUUCCAUCUGGUCUAAACUUGAUAACCACAAGAUAGAGUUCGUCCCGCAAAUGGUGGGUCCAAUCCUGGAAGUCACCCUCAUCCCUGAGCAAGGACUACGUAAAGAUUUUCUUCCUGUCUUCAUUGACAUGAUGGACUGCGAGUUCAACAUCAAGGGAACCAAACAGCAAGUGGAAAAUGAGCUGAUAGACAAGCUGGAUAUACUUGUGGGUGAGAACAAAGGAGAUGACAACUACCGACGGCUCUUCCAUUCCAUAUUGGUGAGGGAACUGAAUGAAAGAGCACCUGUAUGGAAAAAGUCAGGCCUGGAGUAUGUUACAAGUGUGACAAAGCUUUUGGAGAGGCUCCUUGAUUAUCGAAAUGUGAAUCAAGGUCAUGAGAACCGAGACAAGCGCAUGAGCUGCAUUGUUAGUCUUCUGAACUUCUAUCAAAAGAUUGAUCAUCAGGAGAUGUACCUGAGAUACAUCUACAAACUGCAUGAGAUGCAUCGUGAGAUGGAGAACUACACUGAAGCAGCCUUAACGCUCAUGUUGCAUGCCAAGCUCCUCGGCUGGUCACAGAAGGUCCUGCACUCUGACCUCCUCUAUCCUGUGCAACAGGAGUUGCAACGCAAAGAGGAAAUCUACAAUAAGAUUAUUGACUUCCUUGACAGGGGCAAGUGCUGGGAAAAGGCAAUCCCAUUGUGUGAGGAAUUAGCACUACUCUACAAGGAGAAAUAUGACUACGAGAAGUUGAGUGCACUUCUAAGAACCCAGGCUCAGUUUUAUAAGAACAUCCUCACAGAGCUUAGAGCUGAGCCUGAGUACUUCCGAGUGUGUUUUUAUGGCAAGGGUUUCCCUGCUUUCCUCAGGGAGAAAGUGUUUGUUUAUCGUGGGUUGGAAUACGAGCGACUCCAGAGUUUCAUUCAACGCAUGCAAAUGGAAUUUCCUGCUGCUCAGUUCCUACAAAAGAACACUGCUCCUGAUGAUUCCAUACAUAUCCUGACAUGCAAUGUGAAACCCAUACCUAAGCCUGCUCCUUUUGAUAAUGAGGCUGUAGAGAAUGUACCUGACUUUGUAAAGAACUUCUACCUAGUCAAUGAUGUUGAUAAGUUUCAGUUUGACCGACCAUUCCACAAAGGUCCUAUCAACAAGGGGAAUGAGUUCAAGACGAUGUGGCUAGAGAGAACAACCAUGAAAAUUGAGAGCUCACUUCCAGGCAUCUUGAAGCGGUUUGAGGUCACACGUUCGUCAAUGGAGGAGAUUUGUCCUGUCAGAUUUGCUUGUGAAACCAUUUACUCAGCCAAUGAUGAAUUGCGCCAGCUCAUUCAACAGUACAAGGGCCCAGAGGCCAACUCAAAUCCCCAGCCUCUUACCAUGAGAUUGACUAUUCAUUUUCAAUUUUACUUUAUGACUGUGAAUGUAUCUCAGGGGAUCCUGGAUGCUGCUGUGCAAGGUGGGAUAGCUAAGUACCAAGAGGCUUUUUUUGUACCUGAGUUUGUAAAUGAGCACCCAGAGUAUCGAGAGAAUCUUCUGCAGCUCAAUCGCCUCAUCAAGGACCAGAUGCGAAUACUGGAUAAUGGACUCCAGCUGCAUGGGAGACUGGCUUUAGCUAGUGGUCUUCAAGGACUUCAUAAGCAUCUAGUUGAAAAUUUUGGACAGAUACAGAGCGCAGUGCGGAAUAUUGAAAUAUUCUUUUCGGAAUCAUCUGUGUCUGGACGACAGACUCGUCGUACCAGGAGUGAGGCCUCCAAUCUUCAACGUACUGCCAGCAUAGUCAACACUCCAUUGCCACCGGUGCCACAGGAAUAUCCUUGUGACAACAUCAGCCUCUCCUCCUGUGAUGGUACAAGUGUGUCUAGUCUUCAUAGUUCCUACCUGGAAGGGCUCAACUCAGAUGAGGAUCAGCACUAUUGCAGACCACCGGAAUGGAAUGGGAGUAGAACAUUGGGUGUUCCUGGGAGACAAUCAGCCAGCACCCUCAGCCUCCCACCUCCUCCCCCACUUCCACCAAGGCCACCUUCUGGGCAUCUACUGCACAAUGGCACCAUCUCACCACCUAGUCGAUCACCUCGAAGCUCCCUGAAUCAGGAUCACCCUGAUUAUGUCACGCUUGCUAACAGGGAUUUGACAGGACCAUCCCAGGCAUUACAUCCAUUUGGACGUGCAAGCAGCAAUCACUGGAGUGAGGAUGAUGCUCCUCCUCUUCCCCCUCGUGGAUCAGUGAGUGCACUUCACGAAGUGCGCCUCCGAGUCUCACCCACCCCAUCCUGCGGAAGGGACACCCCUCCCAUCCGCCCACCCAAGCCAGCUCAUAAGACCACAUCAUUGACGUCUCGACUCAGCGAUGUGUCUUCGAGCGGAGCAGACACCAGCUUUGAUUCCUCUUCCCCAACGCAUCCAUCUAGUCCCAUCCCAAUUGCCUCCUCUUCACCGGUCCAGAGAAAGUGGACUGGAACGGACACGGACAAGGACAAAUCUCAUAAGCCGCUGGACACAGUAGAAGUGGUCUCCAAAUCAGACAUCCCUGACGGCAUUGCCAUACUUUCCCACACUCUCACUAUGUGCUCCGUUUCCACGGGCCCUGGGAAGGAGAUGGCAAGUUCGAUGCCGCUCAGGCAUGAGGCCCUCCACCACCACAGGAACGAUGACGAUUCCGCCGCCAUUCCCGUUCACAGUAUUAAA